AUGUCCAGAACCACACCUCCACGUCUCCGCAUCCUCGCACUAGCUGGUUGUGUUCGUGAAACCGACUAUUUGUUAGUGGACGUCUUUUAUGAAGGCGUCAAGAAUCCGAAGAGACUCAGAAUGUUUGGAGACGCCCAUGAGGCGAAUUGCCCGGAUAUUCGGACUCCUGGAACACCGUGCUUCUAUGUCCCAAACACAUUCAUUUCCAAUUUGACAGUAGCUGGCCGGUCUUUAGGCCCAGCCCUUGACAAGUAUGGUAAGCUGUUAGAGGACAACCAGAUAUUUGGAUACACAGACAGACACUUUCAGGGAAUAAUUGAACUCCGAUCGUGGCCUAGUUUUGGUUCUCUUCCACCUGAAAUCGAAAUCGCUUCGAAAUUCCCAAAAUUCGAUGAAAGUUCGUACAUUUUGUCCCAGUUUUUGGCGUUGAAUUUGUGUGUUCUUGAGAUGAAAACAACAAUUGGAACAGUGGCAGACCUAGAUGAAAUCAUUGUGCCAAAAAAUGGACGACUUCUAGAAUAUUCUAUGAGAGAAAUGGUUGGGACUAAUGUUGGUGCACUGUCAAUUGAGAAUCAUUAUGUUGGAUUCAAGCCAAGUAUUUAUUCGAAUAAUUUUAAUGGAGUGGCCACACCUAUUUUCUAUGAAAAAGAAGGAAGACGGAAGUAUGUCUUCAAUACCUCUACUAUUGAUAUAUGUCAAGUUCACUUCGCUCGAAGCUUCAUCGAUCCGUCGAAAAUUGAGAAAAAUGCUUCUGAAGGAUCAGCAGCACUUCUACAUUUUCGAGUCAAUGUUGAUGAGUUCCAUGCGAAAAUCGUCAAAGAACCGUAUCACUUCUUCCCAGGAAACCAUACAGAACAUAUUCAGAAUAUGCAGGAUACGGCCAUCAACAUUUUUGGAAAUCAUCCUUUACCUGAAGUGAUUUUCGAGCUGAUAGAUGUGAUGAAUCGAUGUGUGGAGAGAAUUGAAAGAAAAGGUGAAUGCCGGAGUACUGGUUCAAUGUGUAAAGAAGAAAUGGACGCGGUUUAUAAUUGGGUUUAUGACAAAACGGAGGGAUUGUUUUUGUCAGGAGAAUUCGAGAAGUGA